AUGGCAGACGCAAAAAACACCGCCAGCUCGCGCUUGACGCAGAUCACUGAUUUUCUGACUAUGAACAAGACUGCGACAACUAUUCCAUGGGAUCCAAACUCCACCAAGUUUCCGACAAGGAUGGAGCUUCCAGAAAUUCCAGGAGCACCCAAAGAAGCUGCCUGGACAUGGGGCGCAGAUGACUACAUUGGUCGAUUGAACCUUCUUACUCCAACACGUGUAGCUGCCGCAGCCAAGGAGAUCAGAUCCGGUGAGAUCGUGCCUGUCAACCUUCCCCUGAACGUCCCCGGCCAGCCAGCAUUCGGCCGCGAACCCUUCAAACACUCCAUCAAAACCCUAACCGAAGGCAUCGCCUACGAUGAUCUCUACCACCUGAACACCCAAUCCGGAACCCAAUGGGACGGUUUCCGCCACUUCGCCCACAUCCCCAGCGGCUCCUUCUACAACGGCACCAAAGGUUCAGAUAUCGCCGGUCCCUCCGCAAACCACAAAUGCUCCAUCCACCACUGGGCCGAGCAUGGCGUCGCGGGCCGUGGCAUCCUCCUCGAUUACCGGGGCUACGCGCACAAGAAGGGCAUAAACUACGACCCGUACGACUACUACCCCAUUUCCUGGGAGGAGUUGUAUCAGUGCGGGAAAGAUCAGGGCAUUGAUAUCCGGCCAGCGGCACAGGGUGGUGAUAUUAAGAUUGGGGAUAUGUUGUUUAUUCGGUCGGGCUGGAAGGAGGCAUAUGACAGCAAGUCUGACGAGGACAGGACGAAGGCCGCGACUCGACACGGUCCGAAUGGUGAGGAUGGUGCAAGAUAUGCUGGGGUGAGUCAGGAACAGAAGAUCCUGGAUUGGUUGCACGAUUGCUAUUUUGCUAGUGUGGCGAGCGAUGCGCCGGCAUUUGAAGCUUGGCCGACGCAUGAGGAUUACCAUUUGCAUGAGUACAUUUUGGCGCUUUGGGGAAUGCCCUUAGGUGAGAUGUUGGACCUGGAGAAGCUCGCGCAGACAUGUAGGGAGAAGAAUAGGUGGUUUUUCUUUUUCACAAGUGCGCCCGCAAACUGCCCUGGCGGCGUCAGUUCGCACGUCAACGGGACUGCAAUCUUUUAG